UUUUUUCUCUCCCGCCUUCCAGAUCACUAGGCAUCCCAUCCUCCCCAGCUGCAUCCGGGAAAGGAUGGGAACCAGAAGCUUGGAUAAAACCCACCUGAGCCAGAGUGUUGAGAACCUAAGAGACAGCAGGAAUAGUGCCGUGUUUUCCAAAACUGAAUCAGAAGUGUUGGAACGGGAAGAGGUCCCCAGCGAUCGUGGACACGGAGGCCGAGGAUGUGUAACUGAAAAGGAGGAAGAAGAAAUGAUCGACGUGGAUCGUUCUGAACAGUUAGAUAUACCUAGAAAGUUGCUAGGAAAAGCCAAACGAGUCUUCCAGCUUCCUGAGCAGACAGGAGGUUUGGGAAAUGCGUUGAACGCUCCAAGGCAAGAGGAGUCAGCUUUUGGUGGCGCUAGCCACGGAAAUGGUGUAAAUGAAUGCAGGAGGCAACUCCUGUGCCACAAAUGUGGGAAAAGCUUCAGUAACAGCUCCAAUCUCAUUGCUCACCAGAGAAUUCACACAGGGGAGAAACCACACAAGUGUCUGAGCUGCGGAAAAAGCUUUGGGAAGAAAUCCACCUUGGUUGCCCACGAGAGAAUCCACACAGAGGAGAAACCCUACAAAUGCUCGGUCUGCGGGAGGAACUUCAGCCAGACGUCGAGCCUGAUCGCGCAUGAGCGGAUCCACACGGAAGAGAAGCCCUACGAAUGUGUAGAGUGCGGGCGAGGCUUCAGUUUGAAGUCUAGCCUGGUGGCCCAUGAGAGGAUCCACACCGGGGAGAAGCCGUACGAGUGCUCCGAGUGUGAGAAAAGCUUUAGCCAGAAAUCCGCCCUAAUUGCGCACGUGAGGAUUCACCGAGGGGAAAAGCCCUACGCCUGCUCGGUCUGUGGGAAGAGCUUCAGCCAAAGCUCCAACCUCAUUGCGCACGAAAGGAUCCACACGGGAGAGAAACCCUACCAGUGUGCGGACUGCGGGCGAAGUUUCAACUGCAGCUCGAACCUUAUCAGGCACCAGAGGGUCCACACGGAGGACAAGCCGUAUGAAUGUUCUGAUUGCAGGAAAAGCUUCAGCUGCAGUUCAAGCCUUUUAAGGCACCAGAGGACCCACACGGGAGAGAAGCCGUACGAAUGCGCCGACUGUGGCAAAACCUUCAGCGUGAGCUCCCAGCUGAGCGUGCACCAGAGAACCCACACAGGGGAGAAGCCUUAUGAAUGCUCUGACUGUGGGAAGUGCUUCAGCGUGCGAUCAAGCCUCACUGCCCACGAGCAAAUCCACACGGGCAAGAAACCUUAUCAAUGCCGAGACUGCCCCAAAAGCGUCUAUUUCAGGUCCAGCCUUAACGCACACAAAAGAACGCACAGAGGGGAGAAGCCCUAUGACUGCACGGACUGUGGGAAGACUUUUACCUGCAGCGCCGGCCUCAUCAGACAUCAGAGGAUUCACACAGGGGAGAAGCCCUACAGCUGUGCAGAUUGUGGGAAAAGCUUCAUUUUGAGCUCCAAUCUUACCGCCCAUCGGCGAACUCACACGGGAGAGAAACCGUACCAGUGUCCAGACUGUGGCAAAUUCUUCAGUGUGAGUUCACAGCUGAAUGUGCACCAAAGAACCCACACGGGAGAGAAACCCUAUCAAUGCUCCCACUGUGGGAAAAGUUUCACAUGUAGCUCUGGCCUUAUCAGACAUCAGAGGACUCACACGGGAGAAAAACCCUAUGAGUGCUCCGAGUGUGGGAAGAGAUUCAACCUCAGCUCUAAUCUUAUUGCCCACCAGAAAACCCACACGGGAGAGAAACCAUAUAAAUGUGUGUUCUGUGGGGAAAGUUUCUACACACGGUCAAAUUUUGUUGAGCAUCAUAAAGCCACCCAUGCGGAUGCUCAGACUGUAAAGACAGAUGACAGCAGUAUUCAUCAGAACUCUGUUAAUUAUCAGAUAAACUAUGUAGGAUGGUAAUAAUUAAAGAGAUGGAAAAGGGCACGACCCACAUUUUUAACUGCUGACGCCGCGACCCAACAUUGGGAUACGUGCUGUGCAUCUUUGGUUCUGAGCCUUUUUGUAGCAGUCCCGGGAAAAUAAUAUACUUCACUCUCUAUCAUUUUCACAGGUGAAGGUCUGGACUUUCAGACCAAGGUUAAAUGGCAGGAAACCUUCACAGGUCUGGAGGCCAGGGACCUUGAACCCUGGUUUUUAGAGGGCUGUACCUGCUCCCAUGAUUCCCAAGUUCCUUAGAGCAGUGGUCCCCAGAUGUUCUUGGACUUCAACACCCAGAAAU